AAGGGCCAUUUCCGCUCCAGCAAAGGACUAACCUCAGCUUCGACCAUCCCCAGCCCGGACGACGAGAGAGCGGCCAGCAGCGUCAGCGUGGCCGCAGGCAGCAGCAUCACGGCGGCUACAGAAGGAGCGUCUCCCCGCAAAAAGCGCCUGAAUCUCGGCCUCGCGUUCAGCGGCGGAGAGCGUCGGCCUGCAUGUUGUGGUCCACAGGCGAUAUGAAGUUCUGAUCGAUGCGAGAGCGGGUUUAACUUGGGGGGCUUCGUUUGCGCCACCCCACCCCAGCCCUCCCCUCAUCCACACCCACCACCCACGGCAACGACCACCCUCGCCCAUAACGCGCACCGACAAACACUUUGGACUUUUCGGUGUAAGGAGAGGGUCCGCUCGGCACCCUUUGGUGGCGUUUUGGGGGGACAAUAGUCCAGGAAGUUCGCCGUGAGACGUCCCGGGCAAGCCUGAGGUGGGCUUCAGUCAUGCUAUAAAAAAAGUUCCACGCGGCGUGGGACUCGUUUUGCACAGGUGGAACUAUGCAAGGAAUUCGCAACAGAGUGACGCAUCUGAGGUUGCUGAUGCUGCUGCUGUGGGUGGCCGUCCUCGCCUCAGGUGUCCACGCAGGCGGGAAGAAGCUCAGCGGUCCCUGUGGAGGAAGAGACUGCAGCGGCGGCGGCUGCAAAUGUUUUCCAGAGAAGGGUGCCAGGGGUAGUCAUGGACCUGUUGGUCCUCAAGGUAUCACAGGGCCCCCAGGGAGACCAGGUGAUCCAGGCAUCCAGGGACCAAAGGGGCAGAAAGGUGACCCUGGCCGUGGCGGCAUCAUUGGACCCAAAGGAAACAUGGGAAUGACGGGCGUACCUGGCUUCUCUGGAAACGAUGGAAUUCCUGGCCAUCCAGGAAGUGCUGGACCCAGAGGGAAGCCCGGUGCAGACGGCUGUAACGGUACACACGGAGAGUCCGGCGUCCCAGGUCUCGUCGGCCGUAAUGGGGUACCCGGUUUUCCUGGACAACUGGGCAGGAAGGGGGAGAAGGGAGACAACUUGGAUGUGGCCGUGUUCGUACAGAGAUUCAGGGGAGAUCCAGGCACACCAGGCAUCAAUGGGAUAUAUGGUCCUCCAGGUAACAGAGGAUGGCAGGGUAACCCGGGUCUCACAGGGCCAAAGGGUCCACCGGGGGCCCCGGGUCCACGUGGUCCAAAGGGCACCAUGACUAAAGUAUUUAAAGGGGUUAAAGGCGACCAGGGGGAGAUCGGGCCCCCAGGGCUCCCGGGUAACUCAACCCAUCCUCACACUCUGCCCCCAUACGGACCUUUGGGACCUCCUGGACCUCAGGGUGUAAAAGGAGAACAAGGAGAUCUGGCUGACAACAAAGGCGAAACCGGCAUUAUGGGAUUCCCGGGAUCACGGGGUCUACCUGGUACACAUGGGAGGCCUGGACCAAGGGGGGAUGAUGGCGAGCCGGGACCAGUUGGCAGAGCUGGACCAAAGGGAGUGAGGGGUGAAGCAGGAGAACUGGUUUCACCAGGAUCCUGGUCCUGGUUUUCAGCAGCUGGUGCCCCCGGCCCCCCUGGUGAGCAGGGUGUACAAGGGGAGAGGGGCCCCAUAGGAGACCAAGGCAUUCCCGGACCGCCAGGCCAUCCUGCCUCUCACACGCAGCAACAAGUCUUUGAUUUUGGUGGACCGUUUGGAAGGAAAGGCGGGCCAGGAGACAAGGGCCAACACGGAGAACCAGGAAGUCCUGCAGUCACUGCUGGCGCUCCAGGCGUUCCUGGUCGUCCGGGUCAUAGGGGGCCUCCAGGUCCCAAAGGAUCAUGGCAAGAGUUCUUCAAGGGGUCUCCAGGAGGCCGAGGGAGGCCCGGCAAUGCGGGCUUCAAGGGAGUCAAAGGUGACCACGGAGAAUGUGAGUGCACCGUCAACAACUCCCCGCCUGGACCUCACGGCCUUGUCGGUGACCUCGGAGACGCCGGAAUGACGGGCGAGUUUGGCCAAGAGGGCGACGUGGGAGACCCGGGUCCCCCAGGGCUGGAUGGAUUUCCGGGAACUCCGGGGCUCGCUGGUGACCCGGGUCCAAAAGGCAGAAAAGGAGACACGGCGGUGGCCACGCAGAAAGGCUAUCCUGGAGACCCUGGGAUUUGGGGUCCAGAUGGUGAGCCGGGAAAUCCUGGGGCUCCAGGUCUAGUUGGUCUGCCCGGUUUCCCCGGCAGUCGGGGUCUUCCAGGGGACAAUUCCAAAGGAGAGCGCGGAGACAAAGGUUCCACCGGUCUACCUGGUCCACCUGGUGCUCCUGGACCGAGAGGAGAGCCAGGUCCAGAGCUGGAGGGUUUCAAAGGGCAACCUGGUCUACCCGGUGAUGCUGGCCUCAACGGUUAUCCUGGAAUUCCGGGAACACCCGGCAGCCCGGGCGGCUGUACUCCGACAGGAGAUGGAGGACAGUGGGAUGUGACAGGUCCUUGUGACACUUUUCCAGGACCUCCUGGACUUCCCGGCUCUGCUGGGCAGAGAGGGCUACCUGGUCUCCAAGGUCUCCCGGGUGAAAAGGGGUUCCCAGGUUUAUUUGGACUCCAGGGAGAAAAGGGAGAAACGGGAGACUACGGCCCAGGCGGCCGCCCGGGACCCCCAGGUUUUUCCGGCCCCCGUGGUGAGUUGGGCUUCCCCGGGAGAAAGGGGUCGGUGGGAUCUCCUGGCGUUCCUGGGCUAGCCGGACGGAACGGAGCACCCGGGGACAAAGGAAUUCAUGGUGACAUCUUGGGCGCAUCGCCUGGACCACCUGGUGACCCAGGAUUGUAUGGGCUGCAAGGGAAUAAAGGUCAUGCCGGGGAUCAAGGAGAGCCGGGUUAUCCAGGGAUGGGGGGCAUGCCUGGCAUGAUUGGUUCCAAAGGCAACAUUGGCCCUCCUGGUCCACAGGGGGCUGAAGGGAGUACUGGACCGCCAGGCACUUAUGGAUACCCUGGAGAUCCUGGCAAAGCUGGUCCACCAGGGCCGCCGGGUGCCAUCGGACAACCAGGCUUCACUGGAGAACGAGGAACUGAAGGAAACCGAGGGCCUCCAGGUCCGAUUGGACUAACAGGGUACCCAGGGGGGCCAGGUAAUGAUGGUGUUCUUGGAGAGAAUGGCUCACCAGGUAACGCAGGACAUGCUGGACCGGAUGGACGACCAGGAGCUCCAGGAAUGAAAGGAUACAAAGGGUCUCCUGGCAUGUCAGGCUUUGCAGGGAUCACGGGUAAUACAGGCACUAAAGGUCUGAGUGGGCUGAAAGGAGACCAUGGACUAUCCGGUCAAAUCGGCCUUAAAGGAAUGACGGGUCCAAGUGGAGAAAAAGGUGACCGUGGUUUGAGGGGUCCGCCAGGGAAGAAACCUGACAUCCCCGCAAAGUUGAUCGUGGACAUGAAGGGACCCAAGGGGGACCGGGGGAACCAAGGAAAUAAUGGCUUCACCGGGCCAAGAGGCUUGAAGGGUUUACCUGGCGUUCCAGGCCUCGAGGGAGGCCACGGUUUCCCUGGUGACCCGAGUCAUGAAAAGGGUCUCCAAGGAGAGCCGGGUGCACAGGGGCUACCGGGGUUGAAAGGAAUGCCGGGUUUUACCGGGAAUCGAGGAAUUUCUGGCUUUGAGGGGAUGAGCGGUGGUAAGGGGGGCAAAGGAGGUCCUGGUGCCUAUGGUGCAUCAGGAGAAAAGGGCAGGAAGGGAAUCAAAGGUGCCAGAGGCCCUCGCAUCGACAUCCCAGGACCAACUGGACUAAGAGGAGAGGUUGGGUCCAUUGGAGACCCGGGUGGCAAAGGUUUACUGGGACUGAUUGGAGACCGGGGUCUCCCUGGUUUUCAUGGUAUCGAAGGGAAAAGAGGCCAGUCGGGCGAUGCGGGCGAUGCGGGAUAUCCAGGCUCUGAUGGACAGAGCGGGACUCCAGGCAACCAGGGUCAGAAGGGUUUUCCUGGAACACCUGGAAAAGAAGGGCAUCCAGGUUUCCCUGGCUUUCCAGGGAAUAAAGGCUUCCCUGGUCUUGUUGGUCUUUAUGGACUAGAUGGUCUGAAAGGACAAAAGGGAGUCUCUGGGAUCACAGGUUUGGAUAUCAUCGGACCAGCUGGCCACCCGGGGACCAAGGGCCAAAGGGGGGAGGGCGGCACCGCCAACAACCAGACGGGUGCUCCAGGUGUCGCGGGUUCACAAGGAUUCCAGGGAGAUUUCGGUGACCGAGGCCAACCUGGACCAGCAGGGUUCCGUGGGCCCGUAGGACCAGAUGGGAAACCAGACAGACCAGGAACUGCUGGGGAUAAGGGCUUCAGUGGACCUAAAGGGUACCAAGGUUUCCCCGGGCCCAGAGGUUUUCCUGGUAUUGAUGCUGCCCCUGGAGAAAAGGGCAUACCGGGAACACUCGGCUUUCCCGGAGUCCCCGGCAGGAAAGGGUUUAAAGGAGACCACGGUCCAUUUGGAUAUAGAGGACAGAAUGGGAUUUCUGGGAAGAAAGGUGACAAAGGAGACCAGGGUUCCAUGGGGAUUCCCGGUAUGAUUGGGGUCAAAGGUGAUAGAGGCCCAGUUGGCCCUAAAGGGGAUACCGGACCUCCAGGCUUCCGUGGGUUACCAGGGAACCAGGGCUCGGCCCCGCUGCCCAUUACACUCCCGGGAGAGAGGGGGCCUCCUGGACCACAGGGCAUUCAGGGGCCAAGAGGUGUACAAGGGGAACCAGGACCACGGGGACCUCUUGGUGAUGCUGGUUUUUUCGGGCCCACUGGGCAGAAGGGCAUGCCCGGAAUAGGUGGCAGACCGGGAACGCCUGGAUUCCGUGGCGAGCCAGGCCAAUCGGGCCAUGCCGGUCUGCAAGGCAUGGAAGGUCACCCGGGCAAGGCGGGCAUCCCGGGAUUACCCGGCAUGCCCGGCCGCAGUGUCAGCGUGGGGUACUUACUGGUCAAGCACAGUCAGUCCGAGCAGACCCCCAUGUGCCCCGUGGGGAUGUCUAAGUUAUGGGGUGGCUACAGUCUGUUGUACCUGGAAGGCCAGGAAAAGGCCCAUAACCAGGAUCUUGGUUUGGCCGGCUCGUGCCUCCCUCGUUUCAGCACCAUGCCGUUCCUCUACUGCAACCCUGGAGACCUCUGCUACUACGCCAGCAGGAACGACAAGUCCUACUGGUUGUCCACCACCGCCCCGCUUCCCAUGAUGCCCGUGGAGGAGGGCGACAUCAAACCGUACAUCAGCCGCUGCUCGGUGUGCGAGGCGCCGUCGGUGGCCAUAGCGGUCCACAGCCAGGACAUCACCAUCCCGCAGUGUCCCGCCGGAUGGCGCAGCCUCUGGAUUGGCUACUCCUUCCUGAUGCACACGGCCGCGGGAAACGAAGGCGGCGGUCAGUCGCUGUCAUCGCCGGGUUCCUGCCUGGAGGACUUCCGAACGACGCCGUUCAUCGAGUGCAACGGGGCCAAAGGAACGUGCCACUACUUCGCCAACAAGCACAGCUUCUGGCUGACCUCCAUCGAUCAGUCCUUCCACGCCGAGCCGGCAUCAGAGACGCUCAAAGCGGGCCAGCUCCUGUCCCGCAUCAGCCGCUGCCAGGUCUGCAUGAAGAACUUGUGAUGGCCUUCUCCUCGCCUCUCCUCUCCUCGUUUGCGUCAUCACGCCGUGGAUCAGGAUCAACACCAAACCGCAAAAACUGAUUGGUGCCCGGAGACGCCGUAAUGGAGCCAGCAGCAUUAUGGGUGUUCUACGUAUGAUUGUCUGCUAUGGUGCUUACUCUUCUAACUUAUUACCUCAGGCCAUCACACCGACGCUCUUCACUACUUCUUAACCACUCAUCUACUUUGUUUUGUACUACACUACGUCGUUACUACCCUCCGUCAGUCUCUUCCUCGUUACUUGCUGUCCUGUGUUCACUUCUAGCCACAGUCAUGUUGGAUGUUCAUAUACUGUAGUAUGCUACACAAUAUUUAUCUUAAUGUUCACUUCUAGCCACGGUCAUGUUGGAUGUUCAUAUACUGUAGUAUGCUACACAAUAUUUAUCUUAAUGUUCACUUCUAGCCACAGUCAUGUUGGAUGUUCAUAUACUGUAGUAUGCUACACAAUAUUUAUCUUAAUGUUCACUUCUAGCCACGGUCAUGUUGGAUGUUCAUAUACUGUAGUAUGCUACACAAUAUUUAUCUUAAUGUUCACUUCUAGCCACAGUCAUGUUGGAUGUUCAUACGCCGUAUGCUACACAAUAUUUAUCUUAAUGUUCACUUCUAGCCACAGUCAUGUUGGAUGUUCAUACGCCAUAUGCUACACAAUAUUUAUCUUAAUGUUCACUUCUAGCCCCGGUCAUGAUGGAUGUUCAUACACCAUAUGCUACACAAUGUACUGAUUUCUCUUUUUUUUAACUUGACCUUCCAUUAAACUUUAGAAAUCUACUAAUCAUUAAACCGCCGGGAGCUCACAGCGUAAACAACCCAAGUCCAAAAGUCUGAUGCUUUGAUUUGGACUUUUUUUUAAGUUUGGUCGCUUCUUGGCAACCCCCCCCCCCACACACACACACACACCCGCAUAUACCGUGUUCCAAUCCGGGAGGGACGGUAAACCUCCAGGCUGAAUAGAAAAGACGCUGUUUUCCUUUGCCUUGAAAAAGUGCAUUAAAAAGGGUGGUCUUAUAUUCAGGGUCAAGUGUUUAACAUACAAAUCAGCGGGUGGUGCAAACACCCUUUCCCCAGGCAAGUGGAGAGUAAACAUAAACUUCCAUAUGCAAAACAACGUCUGCCUAUGAGCAAGUAAGAGCUUUUCUUCCUGAAUAGAAGACAGUCCCCUUUACCCAAGAACGAAGUCUAAGGAUGGGUCGUCUUAUAUGGGGGCUAAAGACUUCCACAUACAAACCAACCAGCAGGGACGUGUCCGACUUUUCCUUCCCGCCAUUCACACACGGAUCACUGACCUGGAAGCCUGCUUGGAAGAACAAAGUGUCUGCAAGGUUGUUAGCAAAGCAAGAAAUUUGACAGCUAAGAAAUGAAAUAUUAAGGCAAUGAUAUUGACAUUUUUUGUAAAUAUUUCUCAAUUGUUGUCUUACGUUCGGGUCCCUGGUUCUCUACUCCUUCAACUAAAUCCAUGAUUAUUUCAUGAUAUUGGCAAUGAAAACGAAUGUUUCUAAGGGUCACCACUCGGCGCCAACUGCAAAAUAAAAAUCUUUAUUCCGACAUUUUGUCAUUUGU